AUGUCCUCAGGUGAAGUGGAAUUUUCGGUCCCCAACGCCGGUAAACCCUGCAAGACUUGGUACCAAGUUAUUGGUGACCUUCAAUCCAAGUCACGUCCUUUGGUUGCUCUUCACGGUGGUCCAGGGGCCAGCCACGAGUACUUGAUCACACUCUCUACGCUCAAUCGCUCUUAUGACAUCCCUGUCAUUCUGUACGACCAACUUGGAAAUGGAAAAUCGACGCAUCUCCCUGAAAAGGCUGGAGAUGUCGCCUUUUGGACAGUCGAUCUAUUUUUGAGAGAACUCGAUAACCUUCUCUCUCAUCUCGGCAUAAACGGGGACUAUGAUCUCCUGGGACAUUCGUGGGGAGGGAUGCUUGCCGCUUGCCAUGCAGUACGGCAGCCUUCUGGGUUGAAGCGGUUGAUUAUUGCCAGCUCGCCUGCAAGUAUGGAAUUGUGGGUUUCAGCGCAGAGCGUAUUACGCUCAAAACUUGACCCGGGGAUUCAGGAUAUCCUGACAAAGCAUGAAGAGGCGGGAACGACAGAGAGCAAGGAGUACGAAGAUGCGGUGGAAGUUUUCUACAAGCGCUUUCUGUGCACUAUGGAUCCGUGGCCCGAGUCCCUCGUUGCUACUAUGAACAGUACCAAAGAGGAUCCGACUGUUUAUCUCACUAUGAAUGGUCCCAACGAAUUCUACAUCACUGGUUCGUUAAGGACUUGGAGUGUCGUCCGCGACCUUGACCGAAUUAAUGUCCCUACCCUACUCACAAAUGGUCGAUUCGACGAAGCCCAGGAUAGUACAAUGUUGCCAUUCUUUCAGAGGAUCCCGAAGGUCAAGUGGGUGACAUUGGAGAAAUCGAGCCAUACAGCUCAUCAAGAGGAACAGGAGCGGUAUAUUGAAGUCCUUCAUCAGUUCUUAACAGUUUAA